AUGGAAACCGGAGUUAAUGGUGGUUGGCUCAGUUGUAAGCAGGGCAGAGACGGCGGUUCAGAUGUUGCAAGAAAUUUGCAUACUUAUAACAUUUUUUCUCCUUGUGACACCAAUAGCACCGCCACAGCCACCGCCUUCAAAUCCACAGGUGGGAAUAAAUUGGCUGCAAAUAUGGGGUAUCCUUUCACAUCUGCUCAAAGGAAGGAGCUUGGAAGACAAGCAAUGAUUUAUAACUACCUGAUGGCCUCUAUGCCUGUGCCUGCUGAUCUUCUCUUUCCUGCACCACCAAACCCUUCAAUUUCCUUGACUGGUCUUCUAGAGAGGUGCAAGCGAACGGAUGGCAAGAAAUGGAGAUGCUCAAGAGAUGUGGUGCCCCAUCACAAGUACUGUGAGCGCCACCUGCAAAAAAGCCGUCCCCGUUCAAGAAAGCCUGUGGAAGUCAAAAACAGCGCCUCUGGCAAUAACGAGAAGAAAAUCCCUCUUUUGUUUAAUCCUAAAACUGAUCCAUGUAUUUCUACAUCCUCUAAUAAGAAAUAUGAGAGGAGUUUGGGGUCAUUCGAAGGUGGAAUGGAUGCAGGGCAACAAUGGCAGCAUUUGGUGGAAGCUAGCGUUGGAUUUGGGGAUGAGGGCUCGAUUUAUAGUUCUAUUGCCUCUGUUUUUCAUCGAGAUUAUGUACAACAGCAGCCAUUGAAUAUGUCCUCUUACACAAAUUUUCCAGCCCCAGAAGAUGUUUUCAAGUGUAGUAGUGGUGGUGAAUCUAACAUAGGAGCAUUCUUUAAUCCUGAUUUGGUGUUUUUGGACAAACAGCCACAGAAUAAGUCCUCAAGGGGAUUUAUUGAUGCUUGGUCCAACAGCAACAAUGAGAAUGGCAAUUUUGAAUCCUCUCUUUCAUCUGAACAUGGGAACCUUUCCACUUGUUCACUCGAUCUAUCAAUGGCUAUGGGUGCUGAAAACGUCUUGGAUGAAGAAAUGAGAAAGAAUCAAGUGGAGUUUGGUGUUGAUGAUUCUCAUGGCCAUUCAAGAUGGUUAAGACCUGUUUCUUCGAUGCCCUUUGCACAAGGUGGACCGCUUGCUGAGGCUUUACGACCUGUAUCCGUUGCUGGAGGUGCAGGAGUAGGAAUAGGCUCAAAUCCAGGUUCCCCAUAUGAUUCAAUAAGCACCCCAGCAACUACUGUUUCAUCGCCCUCUGGUGUUCUUCAUUGGACAUUGUUCUCGCACUCUGAUAGCAGCGUUUGCAAUAGCCCGACUACUCUUGCAGCAGCUACUACACCUGAAGGUUUUGCAUUCCAGCAUCUCAGUUAG